GCCGAGCCCCUGGUUUCCGAGCCGGGUGCGCCCCUCCGUCCAUCCGAGCUCCGGUCCGGCCGCAAGGAGUGAGUCUGCACCCCGCAGGAAGAGUCGCGCUCCCCGCCCCACCCUGUCCCCGCACUGCACCGCACGGCGGCGGACGAGGAACGCCCCGAGCCCGGAUCCCGCGCGGGUGUUCCCAGCUCCUCGGAAACGCAGGCUCAGACCCCGACAACCCUGCAAGAGGGGACCUGAUUCACCAAGGUCCGCGGGGUCUCUACAGGUGCCCAGGCCCUGGCACAGCAGCCAGCGAUGCACCGUGGGAGGCUGGCCCUGGGUUUAGGGUUCUGCCUGCUGGCAGGCACAGGCCUCUGCUUCCUGUGGGUGCAUGUUGAGAACUGGUUGCCAGUCUCCUAUGUCCCCUAUUACCUCCCCUGCCCAGAGAUCUUCAACAUGAAGCUGCACUACAGGAAGGAGGAGCCGCUGCCGCCCGUGACACAAGCACAGUACCCUCAACCGAAGCUGCUGGAGCAGAGGCCCACAGAGCUGCUGGCACUCACGCCCUGGUUGGCGCCCAUCGUCUCUGAGGGAACCUUCAACCCGGAGCUUCUGCAGCACAUCUACCAGCCGCUGAACCUGACCAUUGGGGUCACGGUGUUUGCUGUGGGGAAGUACACCCUCUUCGUCCAGCACUUCCUGGAGUCGGCCGAGGAGUUCUUCAUGCGUGGUUACCGGGUGCACUACUACGUCUUCACCCACGACCCUGCGGCCAUUCCCAGGGUCCCACUGGGCCCCGGCCGGCUCCUCAGCGUCAUCCCCAUCCAGGGUCACUCCCACUGGGAGGAGAUCUCCAUGCGCCGGAUGGAGACCAUCAGCCGGCACAUAGCCAGGAGGGCCCACCGGGAGGUGGACUACCUCUUCUGCCUUGAUGUGGACAUGGUGUUCCGGAACCCAUGGGGGCCUGAGACCUUGGGGGACCUGGUGGCUGCCAUUCACCCAGGCUACUUCACUGUAACCCGCCAGCAGUUCCCCUAUGAGCGCAGGCGUGCGUCCACUGCCUUUGUGGAAGACAGCGAGGGGGACUUCUAUUAUGGUGGGGCGGUCUUCGGGGGGCGGGUGACCAGGGUGUAUGAGUUUACCAGGGGCUGCCACAUGGCCAUCCUGGCGGACAAGGCCAAUGGCAUCAUGGCAGCCUGGCAGGAGGAGAGCCACCUGAACCGCCGCUUCAUCUCGCACAAGCCAUCCAAGGUGCUGUCCCCCGAGUACAUCUGGGACGACAGGAAGCCCCAGCCGCCCUGCCUGAAGCUGAUCCGCUUUUCUACACUGGACAAGGAUACCAGCUGGCUGAGGAGCUGACAGCGGAGCCAUGCCGCCAUGACCGUGGACCCAAAGCCCUGCACCUACCUGCACCAGGGUUUCCCUCCUCCAAGCCUUACGUGCAGACCAGCCCUGUCCUGCCUACCUCUCAGUCUAGAGAAUCCAAUCAGAAAAUGGAUGUGGAAAGGCCAUUGUAAACUGUGAAGGGCUGUGCACACAUGAGGGUCACACAGUGGCAUGUGGCACAAGAAUGGGAGGACAGGAGGACAGGAGACCAGUGGUUAGAAGGCAGGACCCAGCUGGCCUUGCCUCACCCAGCAGACAUGCCUUCAGCAGGCAGGCCCUGGAGUCUCUGCCCAACUCAAAGUGCCUGAAAUCCCGCUGCUGUCCCCUCUUUGUUGCAUAGUGCCCUUAAAGUUGCACUUCUAACACCCUAGUGUGAAAGAUGCCCGGACCCUUUCUCUCUGGCUGUGGGGGUUCCAGGAACUGUGAUAUGCCCCAGCACAUGUAGCCAAAUUUCUCACUCAGGACCCCAC